CACCAUGCAGCGUGGCACAGUUUUCAAAGUAGUGCUUUCGACGGUUUUAUCAAUUAGCAAUACAACAGCACCUAACUUAAUCCCUAUCGCGAUGCUGUGGAAGAAAGCUUUCCUGCUUUGCGCGUUGUUGGUUACCGUUCAGGCGGAACCUCAACCCCAGCUGCUUAGUGGACUUACCUCGCUCGUCGGAUCGGCCAUCAAUGGUGUUGGCACGUUGCUGAACGGAAUAGCAUCAGGAUUCGCCGCCGGUACAUCUGGUUCGCUUUCGGCUAGUGGCAGUCUCGGCGGAGCAUUGAACAUCGGUGGUAUCACUGUUGGUGGUUCCGGUUCGUUUAACUCGAAUCUGCCAAUAUUGAAUCUCCUUAACAAUGUGGUCUCCUCCACGCUGAAUGCACUCAACACCGCUAUUACGAACAUCGGUUCGACAGCUGGAACGGUGCUGACAAACACGCUUGCCACCAUCACGAACACACUGAACGGACUGCUCGGAGGUGUGGGAACUAACCUGGGUACGAUCGGUACCGGUCUGACCGGUGCACCGACCACCGCCAACGGUCAGGCCGUUAUCAACGCACUCAACAACGUUGCCACCGCUGUGAAUGGGGCCGUGAAUGCUGCCUCGUCGGUCUUGGGUACCUCUACGGUUGCUGGUGCGCUGGGCAAUCUUACCACCACGCUUAACGCAGAUCUGGCCACCGCCAUCCAGGCUGUGAACAAUGCUGUCGCUAAUCCCGGUACGUCAACGACCCUGCUGGGUGCACUCGGACCGAACGGAAUUGAUGCGAUUUCGACCUUCCUCGGUGAUGCGGCUGGUGUGCUAUAUACGACGGCCAAUAUCCCGUUGCAGCUUUCGGCUGCCGCUCGGGUUAAUGCAUCGCUUGCCGCCAAUGCCGGUGUCCCAUACAGUGCUGCCGGUAUUGCCGCUGUUAAUGCAACUGUAAAUGCCGCGCUAGCUAAUGCCAACAACGUGCUGAAUGCCGCUGUCGGUUCCUUCAAUAAUCUGAUCGCGAACGCACAACCAGCUACCAAUGCUGCCUUAGCACAGGCCACCUCAACCAUUAACACGGCACUGGCCAAUCUAAACAGGGUGUUCAAUCUGCUCGCUGGUAACACGAAGACAAGCGUUACGACCGCUGCCCAGCUUGCUGUCAGCAAUCUGACCAGCCUGGUCACAACGCUCCAGACCAAUCUGAAUGUACUGAACUCCGUAACGCUGAAUGCGGUCGCAUCGGCUAACGCUUCCAUUACGGCUAACGCAUCGGCCGUCAUUGGACCGAUCGUGGACAAUCUGGCAAGCACGAACGCGACUAUCGUUGCCUGUUCACAAACGUUCCUGCCACUGGCUGUACGUACGAAUGUCUUCUAUACGACCGCACUCGGAUCGUGCGUCGUGGAGGCGACCACCGUUGCAGACAUUCUGGUCGGCAAUACGAUCGCCGUUGUCAAUUCGGCCGCAAGCCGUAUUCGCACCUCGACUGCCGGUGUUACCCUAUGCAUUUCGUCCCUCUUCCCAUCUACGGUGUGCAGCACGGCCACGGUACCGAACGCACCGGCCUACAUUACCAACGUGGCGUUGGAUGUCCUUAGCAUCAAAACCGGUGAGGUGGUAGAUGUUGCCAACACUGCCAAUGACGUAGCCACUUGUACGAACGACACGGCUAAUGCGGCUGCCGCCGAUUUCGCAGCCAUUGCUUCUGCGUACAAUCAGUGCAUUGGUGCUUAAAGAGCAUUUGGAACAGUUUGCAACGAGCAACGAGAUAUUCUAAUAAAGAAGAAAAAAAACCUUUCUAUUAUUUUCACCGUAAACUGCAAAUCCUGGAUG